AUGGCCCUAACGUACACGGCGGCGGAGCCCACCGCCGCUAGAUGCCGCCGGAGGCUCCACCUCCACCUCAAGCACCGCCACAAGGGCUUCUUCUCCCUCUUCACCGGAAUAUUCCACAAGAGGUACCUCCUUUUCCUCUCGAUCGUCUACAUUGUGGGGCUCAUCACCUGCGCCGGCCGCCUGCUCGCCAUCCUUCACCCUCCGCCGCCGCCGCCUCCGGGGUCGCUGUACCGGAGCCAAGAGCUGUUUCUGAAGCUGUGGCCCGAAAUUGAGUCGGAUAAUGCUUCUGUUGUUGAGUUGGAUAACAUAUGGAGAUACCGAAGAAAGAAAGAGCAACGAACAUGUUCGAACGGUUACGAUCAUCAGCAGCUACACAGCACGGUCUCAUUAGGGACUCAACGCUAUUUGGUUGUGGAGGCUAAUGGUGGCUUAAACCAACAACGGUCAUCGAUUUGCAAUGCUGUGGCUGUGGCUGGACUGCUUAAUGCUACUCUCGUCAUCCCUCGAUUUGAUCUUCAUAAUGUUUGGAAGGACCCAAGUGGGUUUGCUGAUAUUUAUGAUGAGGAUCAUUUUAUAUCCUCGUUAAAAGAUUUUGUGACGGUGGUUCAAGAUUUGCCGAAAGAAAUAAUGGACAGCUAUAAUUAUAGCAUCAGCAAUAUUCCAAAUUUCAGAGUGCAAGCUUGGGCAUCAGCUCGGUUUUACUUGGACGAGGUUUAUCCUGUCUUGCAAGAAUCAGGAGUUGUUCGCAUUUCUCCCUUUGCAAACAGACUUGCAACGAGCAUACCACCACAAAUACAGUUCUUAAGAUGCCUAGCAAACUAUAAGGCUCUUAAAUUCUCCCCAACCAUUAUGAAUCUUGCUAAGAAAGUAGUCAGUCGAAUGACUGCAAAGAGCAUAAAUUCUGGCGGGAAAUAUGUGUCGGUUCAUCUCAGAUUCGAGGAGGAUAUGGUGGCCUUCUCGUGCUGUGUGUAUGACGGUGGAGAAGGAGAGAAAUCUGAACUGAACUCAAUUCGCGAAAAGGGCUGGGCAAAAAAAUUCAUGCAAAAAAAUCGAGUCUUUGCACCCGAACUCAAUCGUGUUAAUGGAAGGUGUCCCAUGACACCAGUGGAGGUUGGUAUGAUGUUAAGAGGUAUGGGAUUUUCCAACGAUACCCCUAUUUAUUUGGCCUCCGGCAAAAUUUACAAGGAGGAAAAAUAUCUUGAGCCCCUUAAAAAGAUGUUCCCACUUCUAUAUACAAAGGAGUCGCUCUUUACAGCUGAAGAACUUUCUGAAAUCCAGGGCUAUUCUUCGAGGCUAGCGGCAUUGGAUUAUAUGGCGUGCUUGUCUAGUGAAGUAUUCGUGACCACUCAAGGAGGAAAUUUUCCUCAUUUUCUUAUGGGUCACAGAAGGUUUUUAUUCAAUGGGCACGCAAAGACUAUCAUGCCCGACAAGAGCAAGCUCGUUGUUUUACUCCAGAACACGAGCUUAAGUUGGGAUUAUUUCAAAGAUGAGAUGGAGACAAUGCUUGCCGAAAGCGACCGAAAGAGCAUAAUGGUGCCAAGAGUAAAAAAAUCGACAAGAAAGGGUUCUAUAUACCUUAACCCCUUGCCUGAAUGUAGGUGUUUAUGGGAGUCGCAAAAAUCGAGCACCCCAUGA